UGUGACCGAUCGGAACAUAACCUUUCUCUUAUUACAAUCAAACGUGUACAUAGAACGCAUGUGUGAAAAAUGGCUAAGUCGCUGCGUAGUAAAUGGAGAAGAAAAUGCAGGGCAGUGAAGAGAGAACGUUAUGCGGCAAAGGAAUUAGACAGAUUGAAGAAAACCCUUGGUCUAGAUAAAAAUGCAUCUAAAGAUGUUGAAAUGACAGAUAUUCAAGAAAUCGCUACAGUUGUUGACGCAAAAAAAAUCAAAGAAGACAAGGCUAAAGUUAAAGCUACAGAUGCAAAAAGCGAUGUAAUCACAGAUCAAGAACAGAUGGAAGUAGAAGGUGCUAGAGUAUAUAAUAAGAAAACAUUGCGUGAUCAAUAUGGUAAUUAUCCUGUAUGGAUGAACAAACGAAAGAUACUCAAACAUAAAAAAGGUAGAGCAAAAAUGCAGAAGGCCAGUAAAAUAUCAAGCAAAAGACUCACUAGACGACAGAAGAAGGCAAUAGAAAAAGGGAAAAAUUAAAUCUUGCUUUUUAAAAUGUAAAGUUAAUUUUUUCAUGGUGUUUAUAAACUUUUAAAUACUUUAAAA